UCAGCUAGCCGGCUUCUCGUUCGAACGCGCAGCCAAGAGUGUGCUCCGCUGACUUUCGCGGCCUCGAAGACAGCGUUGUCCUCUUCCGGCAAACGACAACAGCCGCCCCGCGUGACUCAGCACCCGCGUCCUUCAUGCCUCCCUCGGAAAUCGACGACAUCUUUGCCUCCAAGGGCAAGCUUGUCCCUGCUUCUGCACUCCCGCCUGAAUCUCACGCUGACAAGAAAAAGAAGAAAAAGAAGAGCGAGAAGAGGAAGCGCGAGCUUGAGGAUGACACAAAGAACGAAAACCCUGCCAAACGCCGUGCACCAGAGACAGUGCUCGACCCAUCUAUCCGCACGCCUGCUGCUGUCUCUCACAGGAGCGAUGCGAAGGUGCACAAGAGUGUAAAGGUGUCGACAAAGAAACCCAAGCUUGACAAGGAGGAAGAAGAGCGCUUCAAAGACUCCAGAGGCUCCGGGCCUAGGCGUAAGACGGAGGAAGGCUUCGCUAUAUAUAAGGUGGACGAGCUCGGUAUCACCGACGAGGGUGGUGACACACCAUUAUGUCCGUUUGAUUGCCAGUGUUAUGUAUGCAAGAUACCCCACGUUCCAUCGAUGUCAUCGCAUGUGUGCAAGUUCCUCAAACGGCUGGAUCAAAUCUGCUCUACCAUUGUACCAUGGCUUCGCAGGGUCAACGUGCACCCGGCAUCGAUCCUCUCUCUCAUGCACUCUGCCAGCUCGUUCACGCGACAGGAUGAUCAUGCAUACACUAUGGGAGGCAGAUCUCUCCUCGUUUGUCUCCAGUCCAUUUGAAAAGCACUUGCACCGAUCGUGCACACGUAGGCUCUAUCGAAGCCUCGUCUACCUCACCAAUGGUUGUGCGAGGUCAA